AAUAGCAUGCUCCCUAAAACAAGGGCCAGACCGAGCAGAACCAACAAGUUGGGUCGCUUCUCUUAGGGACGCUUUGUUUCGACAACAGCACCGUUGAUCAAUAACCAAUACGGUAUCGAUUAUUGAGUUUGAUAUUUGAGGUUAUGAUGGAAUUGAAGCCAUUACUGUUGUUUCUGACAGCCGCGUGUAUUGGGAGAGCAAGCGCUGGAGCCGCUGAUUGCAAGAACGACGAGUAUUUCACCGGGUACAACUGUCUUCAAACGCAGUUCACUAUCAACCCAGUCACUUGCCCAAUAGACGAGUCCAAACCACCUCCGGACUAUGUCCCCACGUGCCAAAAUGGCGGGAAUAAUUUCUGGUACAUCCACGUUGGCGGGAAACGCACUGACUGGAAACGUGGAACGGACGCCUUGUGUUUGUCUAUAAGAUCUCGACCUGUUCCAUGGGGGUUAGAAGGAUGCCAGUUUCGCUGGAAUAGGGAGGGGUGCGAGCGGCUGUUGGAAUGGGCCGGUUGUGUGCACAGCGAAGCUGAGGUGCCUGAACCGCUCUUAUCCGGACAUUAAACUGAUCUGAAUUGCAGCAAUGACUUGAUAAAACGGGUCAUUUGAUUGGAUUUUGCAUCAACGGUUAAGAUCUAGAUAGUCAAGUUGCUGAACAGUACACGUGGUUAUUGUAAAACCCCUUUUGAAAGUACAUGUCAGAUCAUUAUCAUUAGCUCUGUAUGCAUGUAGUUACUGUAAAACGUGAAUAUUGUAGUAAAAUAUUCCCCUUAUCAAGAUCUACUUGUGUGAGGAAUUGUAAGGCAUCGCCUCCAA